AUGAGGUUUAUAUACCUUCUUUCUAUCUCCUCGGCCUUUUUGCCACUGGCCUUUUCUCUAGCUGCACCACUUAAAGACUAUAAAGUCUUUAUUCCUCAGUGGGAAGUCGAAGUUUCACCUGGUGGUUCUAUGGUAAUUCUCAAUGGUACAAUUGAGCAAGUUCAUGAUGAGCUUAUUAAGCUAAAUCCCAACUGGGACAACGAAUACCUUGGAGAAAACCCAUCGAAACAUAGUGAAAAUUCCACACGGUUACUAGAUAAGCGUACUGACUUUUCCGGCGCUCAAUAUUUCUGCCGCGGUCGCUGGCCGGAGGCCUUCCGCAAUCCCAUUAAUACAGGAAUUAAAUAUUUGAGAAGAGUAAAUGGUCGGCCGACGAAUGGGGCAGGCCCUGGUAAUUGCGGCCGAGUCAGCUGUUCUUAUCGUUCUGCGAUCUGGUGGUGUAAUGAUGAUCAUCAGCCAAAAACACUAGAAUCCUUCGGCAGUAUUGCAGAUGGCGCUCAAUAUAUCGUGGACCACUGUACUCGCAGCUUCCCUGGUCACAAUCUUAUUCUUGUAUCUGGCCAAGUAUUCCACAAAACAAAUUGGAAUGUUAUUGUCAGAGAGGACACAGACUCGUGUUAA